CUCUACCUUCCCGAACGGAGGGAUUACAGGGAAAAAGUUCACUUUUUUAAGGUCUCUCUCGUCGUCUCCCUCCUUUCCCUGGCUGCAGAAAAGUGGAUUUUUUGCAGAUCUCAGUCCGCCCCAUUCUCGCACACCAGGUUCGCAAACCGGUGAUCCCAGAAGCUUGAAACCCUCCGCAGCAAUGGCGAUCAUAACGGAAGAAGCAGAAGACCAUCAUCAAGAUCAAGAACCGAGGCCAAAACCGAAACCAGAACGAGAACGAGAGGCGAGCCCACCCCAAAACCCCGCUGCUGCUUCCCAAUCUUCGCGCACGAACCCCUUCGUUUUCUGGUUCUACUUCACUCUGGGCGUCUCUCUCGUCACCUUCCUCUUCGUCUCUCUCUCUUCCCUCUCCCCGCAAGACCCCAAGUCCUGGUUCCUCAGCCUACCCGCUAGCCUUCGCCAACAUUACUCCAAGGGCCGCACCAUCAAGGUCCAGAUAUACCCGAAUUCUGGUCCGGUCGAAGUGUUCGCGAUCGAGGAUGGGCCUAGCUCGGCUGAGAAUGUGUUGAUUAUUCAUGGGUUGGGUGCGAGUUCUUAUUCUUUUAGCAGGGUCGUGCAGUCUCUGGGCUCUAAAGAUAUACGUGCCAUUGCGAUUGACUUGCCUGGAAAUGGGUUCUCUGAUAAGUCCGUCGCUGUUGAGGAAGAAAGAGAAAGUGGCACUUUGGAGAGGUUUUGGGACGUGUACAGUGAGAUUAGGGAAAAGGGUGUGUUCUCUGCCUUUGAUCAGAUUAUUGAAACUGGGCAAAUGCCUUAUCAAGAAACCCAAGUUCCGCGGGUGGUGAGUAGAAUGAGUUUUAAGGCACUCGAAUUGGGUGCCGAAGAGGUGGGUAAGGUGCUGGGGCAAGUGAUCGAGACCAUGGGGCUAGCUCCGGUUCAUCUGGUUUUGCAUGAUUCAGCUCUGGCAAUGAGUGCCAAUUGGGUCUUGAAUAAUGAGGGACUGGUGAGGAGUGUAACCCUGAUCGAUACGUCAGCGAAACCAGCAUUGCCUUGGUGGUCCUUCAAGGUUCCAGUGCUUCGCGAUGCUGUCUUGGGUGUUCCUUUCUUGCAUAAGAGGUUGAUCAGGUCAUAUUGUGUGAAGGGAAUCAGUAGUCCUGAUGCCAAUGCGCAUGGGAUUCUGAUGAAGGGAAGAGGUGGAAGUAGAGCUAUGGCUGAAAUUGGGAAGAGGUUGAAUCAUAGCUUCAAUGUUGCAGAAUGGGGUAGUUCAGAAAGGUUGAUCUCUAUGCCGAUGCAAGUGCUUUGGUCCAGUGGUUGGUCCACGGAGUGGAGGGAAGAGGGGCAUCGGAUUGCCAAAGCACUUCCACGAGCUAAAUUCGUUGAACAUUCUGGUGGUCGAUGGCCUCAGGAAGAUGCUGCGGAAGAAUUGGCCGAAAUCAUUUCAAAGCAUGUGUCCUCCUUGCCAAAAUCUGUGAGGAAAGUCGAGGAUGAGCCUUUGCCUGAGCAUGUCCAGAAGAUUUUCAAUGAAGCACAAGGCGAGGAUCACCACCAUCACCAUCACCAUGAUCAUGAUCGUGAUCAUGAUCAUAUGGGUGGAUAUAUGGGUGCUUAUGGAAUGGGUCAUGGAUGGGGAGGUUGAUUAGACCUCAUUGAGGAACAUUGAAAGUGGUUGUAUUGAACAUGCUAGUUAACAUAGAUGACUCUGAUCCCAAAUCAUGGUAUGGUUUCUAUGCAUCAUUUCACCUAGCAUUGUGAAGCAUAUUAUGACAGCUUGCUACCUUGCAUCGUUCACCAUGACAUCAUGCACGUGGUUGAAACCAUGAUGCUAAUUUACCUCUUCUUCUUUUUUCCAUCUUUUUCUUUUUUUUGUGAUUCUUUCAACCCGAAGAAAAGAUUAAAUUAGAUCUUUGUGAUCGUUUAUACUGUUUAUUCAGCCUUGAAUUGAUGAUGUGAGAAUGGUUAAUUUAA